UUUGUCAAAUUGUAUCAAGUGCCAUUUUUACAUGCUGGAUUUAUUGUUCACAAAGGGUUGCUUGAUCUGUAGGUUAGGCCUCACGAUAUCUGACUUUUGUGCUUUCUCUGGGUUUGGCAUAGUGGUGCAUUAUGAUAAUCCAGCUUUUCGAACCUGCUUUUGCCGCGGCCCCAAGCUCAGCACAACACAGCCCAGCAACCAUAAACAGAGCCUAAGAUUAUCUACGUCAGUAUUAACCAAUGUAUCAUAAGCACCAAUGUUUAUCUCACAAAAUAAAAUUAUGAUUUAUCAUACGUACUCUGUUGUGCUAACUCAUGAUCAUGCAGCUUUAUAUGAAAUAAGUCAGUCUUUUUAAGGGAAGAAAUAAAUCGGGCUUGAUUAUGACACCGAAUGUGAGUACCCUACAUAAGCGCCGUUCAUAUAAAUAAUUAAAUAGGCUACUCUUUGAGGGCAAAUUAGUUUUUUAUUUUAGGAUAGUUUGGUUGUUUAGUUAUUGCGCAUAUGUAUGCACUCCAACUCCAAGGAUGCAUUUGAUUCUUCUAUUCGGGUAGUCUAAUGUCUAAUUUUCACGUGUCAGUUCCAUUCAACCAAUACUCUCUCGAGCAUUAUGAAAAUCCUGCUUCAUAUCAUAUUUAAUUCGAUGGGUCUGCUUUGUGUGUCUUGGAGAGCCAUACCUAAACUAUAUGCUCUCAGAGAAGACAGAGCAGUGUUAGGAAACUUCUGUGGUGGUAGAACACCUCUGUUGUUUGCAACAUACCACAAUGGGGGUACUGCCGAGUAUCUUCUUGAUCAUGGUGCUGAUCAAGACAAAGCCAAUAAUGAUGGGGUUUCCCUGCUACACUAUGCUGCUGAAUCAGGCAAUUGUGAAAUGCUAGAGCUUUUGCUUGCAAAAGGAGCUUAUGUUGACCCGGUAGCUCCUCAUGGAACACCACUUCAUGGUGCUGCUGGUGAAGGGCAAUAUGGUGCUGUGAAGAUUUUAUUGGACCACAAUGCAGAUUACAACAAGAUGGUAAAUGGUGUGACACCUCUUAUGGCUGCUAGAGAUGCUAACUCAACAGAAUGUAUCAAGCUCCUAGUUAAGGUUCAGGAGGAGCCCAUGCUUAAACGGGAAAUCGUGGCAUCAGAGCUUAUAUCACUAGGGAAUAUCUCUUUAAAGAAAAAAGAUUAUGCUGUCGCAGCAAAAUUGUACAGUCGGGCAAUGCAGCUUGAUCCUGAUGAUGCAGUCUUGUUCUCAGACAGGAGCCUUUGUUGGCUUCACAUGGGCGAUGGAAGAAAGGCUUUGCUAGAUGCUAAUAAAUGCAGAAAAAUGCGACCUCACUGGCCAAAAGCUUGUCGCCGGCAGGGUGAAGCUCUGAUGCUACUGAAGGACUAUGAGGGCGCAAGUGAACGGUUCUUGGAUGGACUCAAAUUGGACCCAGUGGACACUGACAUCGAGGAUGCAUUACGGAUUUCGGAGUGCCACUUUGUACUGUUAUCAAUGCCAAUGCACCAACCUACCCUGACGUAUAGUAGUAACUCUGUAAUCUGCCCUUGAGUAGUACUUUGCUGAUAUUUAGGAAGAGGCAUGCAUAUACUGUCGUGCAAUGGCGCCUAAAGAAUUGCAAGUGCCAGACAUAACCAUGCCAUUCCAAAAUAGUAUCUGAUACUUCUCCUUCCAAUAUUUAGGGAAGCUAUGAAGUCCUAGAAGACGUCUCAGAGCACGAAAGCCAGGUGACUAUUUGGGUGUUGCAGGGGAAUCAGUUGAAGACUUGAAACGGCUCAGGAGUUUCUUCGUUUGCGCAACGACUGGUUUCCUUUAUUAGAAAGUAAAGCAAAGUGUCCGAUGGGAGUAUUACCAUUGCAUGUUUGUAUGACCAUGGCUGUUGAUUGAUGCAGUAACGUCGGUGGAAGCUCGUCAGUUCCCAUCGAUCUAUCCUAUCUCAGGCUUGCGGGUCUUCUACGAAGCUCACUCACCCGCCGCGCGCCGUGUGCCGCGUCCACCAAUAGAUCGCAGCCUUAGUAGAGGGAUAUGUUUUGUUGGUUUUCUUCGUCCUGUGGCUGCACAAGAAGAGGAGAGCUAGUAUAUAUAUAUAUAUAUAUAUAUAUACAAAACCUUUUAUGGUAUCAGUAAAUCGGUGUGCAAGUUAACAGUAUUUACUUUGCAAGCCGUUCGCCGAGUUUAAUAGUUUCUGCAUAUAUCUCGCUGUUCACUCAGGCAGCCCAUUCAGACUA